AUGUCCAUUGAUAUUGAACAAAAAGCAAUUUUUGUUGGUGCAAAUCAACAGAACCAAACCAGUGAUUAUAACAAACAGCUCAGAAUUGUAGCGUUUGGUGCUGGUAGGACAGUUGCACUUUGGAACCCAUUAGACAAAAGUUACCAUGGUAUCACACAAACUUUGAAAGGUCAUGAAUCCACAGUAACUUGUGUUAGAUUUAUUCACAAUACCGAAUAUAUGGUAUCGACCUCUGAGGAUUGUCACAUCAAGAUUUGGAAAUUCAAGGGUAGUGAAUGGAAUUGUGUUCAGACCAUUACUCAAUAUAGUCAAACAAUUGUUGCUCUUGGAGUGCUAGAAGGCGUAAUUGCUAUUGGGUGUGCUAAUGGUAUGGUUUCCUUGUGGUAUGAACAUGAUUCUGAGGAUAGCACAGAUGCUUUUCAAUUAGGUGAGGAAUUCGAAGUUGAAAAGAAUGUUCUACCUUUGUCUCUUUCGCUUUCUAAGGUCGAAAAGAACAAGUACCUGUUGGCUGUAGGUGGUACUAAUAUACAUGUGUUUAUUUACUCCUUUAUUUUGGAUAACGGUAUUAUUAAUUGUAAAAAACAAGCUAAGUUAGAAGGUCAUGAAGAUUGGGUCAAAUCCCUAGCAUUCCGUUAUCAGGAAACUCCUGGUGAUUACUUGCUAUGCUCAGGUUCCCAGGAUAGAUACAUCAGAAUAUGGAGAAUCAGAACUAACGAUCUUAUUAAGGACGAUGACGAAGAUGAAAACACUUUGACCCUCCUGAACAACAAGCAAUAUAAGUUCAAUGUAGAUAAUGACCUAAAGGUUUGUAUUAACUUUGAGGCCCUUAUCAUGGGCCACGAUGAUUGGAUUUCAUCUUUACAAUGGCAUGAAACACGUUUGCAACUGCUAGCCUCCACAGCAGACACAUCUCUGAUGGUCUGGGAGCCUGAUGAAUCGUCAGGUAUUUGGGUUUCCAGUCUAAGGCUGGGUGAAAUAUCAUCUAAAGGUGCAUCCACAGCUACUGGUUCUUCGGGUGGAUUUUGGUCCUGCAUAUGGUUCAACAAAGAAGGCAUCGACUAUAUUCUAACCAAUGGUAAGACCGGUGCCUGGAGAGUUUGGUCGACUACAGAUAAUUUACAAGUUGACGAACAUUUGAGUAUAUCUGGUCCUACAAAAGAGGUCACAGAUAUUGCAUGGUCUCCAAAUGGGGAAUACCUAUUGUCUACAUCAUUAGAUCAAACUACAAGACUAUACGCACCGUGGUUGUUUAAUGUUGAUGGUUCUAAGAGGGACGUAAUUACAUGGCACGAGUUUUCUAGACCACAAAUUCAUGGUUAUGAUAUGAUUUGUGUUGAACCUAUCAGUGAUACAAGAUUUUUAAGUGGUGGUGAUGAAAAGAUUGUUAGAUCAUUUGAUGAACCUAAGGGUGUCGCCGAACUGUUAAAAAAGUUCGUCCAUAUUGAUGUUGCUGAAGAAUCUGCAAUGCCCGAGUCAGCUGCGUUGCCAGUAUUGGGUCUGUCUAACAAGGCUACUGGAGAAGAAGAUGAGACUCAAGAUGAGGACAAUGAUGAAGAUGAAACUGCAGCUAAGAAUAUAUCUUAUGAAAUUGUUACUUCGCUGACACAUCCACCGAUCGAGGACCAAUUACAAAGACAUUUAUUGUGGCCUGAAAUUGAGAAACUAUAUGGUCAUGGUUAUGAAAUCACUUGUCUCGAUGUCAGUCCUGACCGUAAAUUGAUUGCCUCAGCAUGUAGAUCGAACACACCACAACAUGCUGUGAUCAGAAUUUUCAGCGUAGACACGUGGUUGGAGAUUAAACCUACAUUGGCAUUGCAUAGUUUGACGAUAAACAAGCUAAGAUUCUCCCCAGAUAACAAAUAUCUGUUGGCUGUGUGUAGAGAUAGAAAAUGGAGUAUUUGGGAAAGAAAAUUUGAGGAUAAUACGUUUACUUUGAAAUGCAAGAACGAGAAACCACAUACCAGAAUUAUUUGGGACGGUGAUUGGGCACCUUUAGAAUUUGGUAAUGCAUUCGUAACCGGGUCUAGGGAUAGAACUAUUAAAAUAUGGAAUUUUAAUAAUGAAACACAAGAUUAUACGAUGUUAGAUUCCGUAAAGCAUGAUAAGCCAGUGACUGCUCUGUCAGUGUUCCAGACACUAAUUAAUGGUAAGUUACUAAUUGCUGCUGGUUUGGAAGAUGGGUCUAUUCUACUCUAUUAUUUCUAUGACGGUAAAUUUCAAUUGUUAUCUAAAGUGAGUGAUAAGGAUACCCCUGCGGACAAGCUGACCAGACUAAGAUGGUCUACCAUGACAAGGGACGGCCAAUAUCUUUUAGGUGCAGCCAGUAGUGAUAACACCACCCGUAUUUACUCUGUCACAAUAUAA